AUGGCUGCUGCUAUUUCUCAAGUGUUUCCAACAUCACGUCAUCGUCUUUGCAUAUGGCAUAGUGGUGAGAAUUCAAAGAAGCAUAUUAAGACGUUAAGGAAUAAUAAGGAUUUCUUGGAUAUGUUUAUUAUUGGUGAAGCUGAGUUUGAAAUUUAUUGGACAAGGAUGGUGACUGGCUAUAAGUGUCAUAAGAAUCCUUGGCUGGAAAAGCUUUAUGACUGUAGGGAGAAGUGGUGUCCAGCAUUUAACAAGGAUUAUUUUUCGGGGGGCAUUUUAUCUUCGCAAAUGAGUGAAACUACAAAUCAUUCGAUUUCUAGAAGGCUAUCUAAGACUGCCGGUCUUUGUGAUUUCUAUUCCUCGUUUGUUAGUGUUAUUUCUAAAUGGAGAAGUAAAGAAAACAGUGAAGAUUUUCGGUAUGCUCAAAUUGUACCUGCUAUGAUGAUGGAGCAUGUGAAACUUCUUUCAUAUGAUAGAGAGUCUAAAAAGGUUGUUGAUGGUAGAAAUGUGGACAUUGUUUCUAUGUUUUAUAAUGUUAGUAUUCCUCCUUCAAUUUGGGUUGUUGAGAUUAGUAGGAAAUUUCAAAGAUUGAUUGUUUCUAGUCAAGAGAACAGCGUAGCUAGACAGUUUUGUGAUUAUGCUGUUGAGGAUGCAAAGAAAAAUGUUGAAGAUGAGAUUGGGUAUGUGCAUACUGAAGAGUUUGAUGUGGUUUAA